AUGAGGUGAGACUGAGGUUCAGUUGCGCUGAGCAAGCGCUCCUUGCUCGAAUCGUAUGGCGAUGCGAAGCUGACGCAUUCCUCUUCUUCCCUCAUCGCUCCUCCUUGGGAUCGGCGUUUCCACCACGCAGUCAAUACCUCAACACGCCCAAAUCGGAGCUGGACGAAGCUCAAAUCCGAGCGUUGGAAGAGUACGAGACCUCUCAAGGACCCUUGUCGGUCUUGCAACAGAGCGUGAGGAACAAUACUCAGAUCUUGAUAAGCUUGAGGAACAAUAGGAAGUUGUUGGCUAGGGUGAAGGCAUUUGAUAGGCAUAGCAACAUGGUGUUGGAGAAUGUAAAGGAGGUGAGUUCGCAUUCGAGCGCUUCGGCUACUAAGAGCCGGAAUGCAUGGGCGACACGCUUCUUGGGCGUGCCGUCAGCAAGGAUCGCAGCAACUGGGCGUACGUGCUUUCUGCAAAUUGUGGCGACGGACUGCCUCUUGUAUACGCUCCAAUGCUGUCUCAGGUAGCACUUUGGCGCAGAUCAGGUGCUGUAUGCGUUGCGUGUGAUCGGAGCAGGUCGAAACUCGACACGAGCAGUGAUGCAAGCGGUAGAGCCGCGGAGGUCGUGCCAAGCCAGCUGGCGAUCCCUGAAGCACACAUUUUCUGUCGAAAGGAGGGAAAAGCGCGGUGCCUCGUCACGCCUCGAAGUGCAGAUCGCAAGGCCUCGCUUUCCACCGCGACUUGCUAUGCUUCGGCCGUUCAUCUUUGCUGACAUGCUGACCACUCGCACCGCCUCCCCGCGCCCAGAUGUGGACAGAGAUUCCAAAGUCCAAAAACAAGAAACCCAUCAACGUGAGUUGCAGACGACAUCGAACAGCCCACGCCUCUGAGCCUGAUCAUCCGCCCCGAGAUGCAUGCUGAUCACUUCUGAUUGAUCCGUGCUUGUUCUUGCAGAAGGACCGCUUCCUCUCCAAGGUCUUUUUGCGUGGUGAUUCAGUAGUGCUCGGUGAGUCAAAGGAUGAUGCUUGCGCGGAAUCCUCCCGACCUUUCCUCCAGGCUGACUGCUUGUCGUCGUCGUCGUCUCCUUGUAGUGCUGCGCAACAGCGGAUGA